UAUAAUUUAGUGAAAUUAGGUAAUCAUGAAAAACAAAGGAAAAAUGAUUUGAUUCAAACGUAGGAAAUGAAGUCAAGAUUAUAAGCUUUAGAUAUAAAAUAAUAUAAUCAAAAGAUGAUUCAUGUGACCAUGUGAAUAUGAAGAAAUUCAGCAUCAAAUGAUCUACGUAAUUUCUAAAUUGCCCAUAAACUCUUGUUAAUCUGGCGGUGUUAGUUUUGCUCUUUUAUAAAAAAAUAUUGGUGUGAGAUGUAAAAACAAGUGACUUCUCGAAGGUUAAAAUUAAUUGCAAAAUUUGCUCCCCUGUCACAGCCAACUUUAAUAGCAAUUUUUCGUUGAGGUGUUCCAAGAUGCGCGUAUUUUUGUCACUAGCGCAAAAUUUACCUCCUCAAUCCCGAUACAGACUCUUAAAGACUGUGAAUGAAUACAUUGUGAUAAAUGACUCUACAGAAAAAUUAUCGGGUUGGAUUCAGAAAGAAGCAUCUCUCUUUCAGUUCGAUACCGGCAGCGGCGGUGAGAAGUCGACGCGUGUUCAACAUGUUCGAAUUCAUCAAAGCAGUCUAUCGAUUACUGGUCGGUACUACGAAGUAUGCUUACCUGCAGCGAACCAAGAAAGUAGGCCACCUUUCUGAUCGACCUACUGUGAUCCUAAGUGAAGGCAAAGUGCGCGGAAUUUCUGUAAAUUUACCCAAUGGAAAGCAAUACCAGAGCUUUCAGGGGAUUCCGUACGCAAGAGCGCCCGUUGGAAAGCUUCGGUUUGCCCCGCCGGUCCCGGUGGAUAAAUUUGACCCUGAAGAAGUAGAUUGUGCGCGGGAAUGUGAGCCCUGUACUCAGGUAGAUUUGUACUUCCGGUGGCGUAUUAUUGGAGUAGAGGGACAACUUUGUUUGAACGUGUACACUCCAACGCUGCCAUCAGACAAGAACACUAACCCCCAGCUUCCGGUUAUGGUUUACAUUCACGGAGGUGGCUUUGAGAGUGGUUCCGGAAGUACCUUCCUGCAUGACCCCAUACACUUGUUGCAAGAAGAUGUGAUAGUGGUUCUGAUGAACUAUCGACUGGGUCCGUUGGGAUUUCUGAGCUUUCCCGAGAUGGGAAUUGCAGGAAAUGCUGGGUUGAAAGAUCAACUGUUGGCCUUUAAGUGGGUUAAGAGGAACAUUAUUCGAUUCGGCGGUGAUCCCAACAACGUAACUCUCUUUGGACAGAGCGCGGGAAGUUGGUCUGUUUAUCUGCAUUAUCUUUCGCCAAAUUCCAGACAGUACUUUAAUCGCGCGAUCUGCCAGAGUGGUGUCGUUUGCACAGAGUCGUUCUUUCAAGUGGAACCCUCCACCAAAGCUCGCAAGUUGGCUAAGGCUUUUGGAUAUAGAGGAGACUCGGAUUUGGGUGUUUUAGAUACUCUUAUGACUGCUCCUGCUCACCUGAUCAUGAAGCACCAGCGUAAAAUGGCCAGUGACCAGGAAAGGAAACUAGCAAUGAACUACGUCUUCAGACCGGUAAUCGAAAAAGUGAAAACAACGGAUAGCAUAAUUACCAAAACCCUGGAGAUAUUCUCAAAGAUUUCGACUCCAUUUGAAUGCCUCUUAUCACGGGUUGCAACACCGGCGAAGGAUGUCUUUCGUUGUACUUUAUGGAGCACAACGGUCAAAUAGGUGUUUUUGACGAAGAAGUUGAGCGACUUGUACCAUGCUUUCUGAAGGAAAA